UUGAACUCCAGCCCGCCGCCCCUCCCAUCCCAUCCCUGAUCCCCACACCAGACAGGCAGACAACACCACCAUGGCGCACGCCGAGGCCUCCUUCGAUCUGCGCCGGAGGAUGCAGCACCAACGCGCCGCCAUCCAGCGCCGGAUCGCCCACACCCGGGACCGCGCCGCCGCAACCGCGGACGCCUUCAGCGCCGCCCUCCUCUCCGCGCGCUCCAUCGCCAACCAAACCGUCUCCAACCGAGCACAACUCAACCAGCUAAAACAACAGCUCCGGAAAUUAGAAGCAGAUCUUGCACAAGCCCUCUCCGUCCAAACAAGCAAAAGGUCAAAACACAAGCUCAUGGGCGACUCAAUUUUGAACACCACUGCAACGAAUGACCAGCUCAGGAGCUUGGUCAUGGAUCAGAGGGCUACAAGAGAUGAAUAUGUGAAUGCCAUAUCAAACCAACUCCAAGCUAUUGAAUCCCUCGAAGCUGAGAGUGAUGCAAAAGGGGAUACGAACCUAGACAAAGCUAUCAUGUGGUACAGCAAGUUUCUUGGUUUUCAAGUUGUUGGAGGAGAAGGGGUGAGAUUUGUGUUCAGCAAAAUCGACGUGCAAAGUCCUGACAAGGAGUAUUCUUUUUGCAUAAAGCUUAUUGAAGAAAGAUACAUCUUAGUCCAGUGUGUUCCCUUUGUGGAUGGCUCCGAAGAACUUUUGAAGGAUCUUAACUGCAACAAUGAUCUGUACAAAUUUGUGAGGACCAUGAGAGAGAGGUUCCAGAUGGCUACAAUCAGUGGAAAUCUCCAGGCAAUCUCCUUUUCCCCUGACAUGUCAUCCAUAACGUCUUCAUCAAUCUCAGCCUUAUCGCUCAAUUCCGGAAGUGAAAAUAAUACCAAGCAAAGGUAUACUAGAAGUCGGUCAAAGAAUCAGGAAAUUGCUACUAAGAAAGGACUAGCAUCCCGAUCAGUAGCAUCCCCUGGUUCCAUGGAACGCUGCUAAAGUUGCCGUCAGACAGCUGGCUCCAGUGUAGCAAAUUCAUCUGCGGUUGGCUAAACUUAUACUAGCAGGCAGCGGAAUGUGCACUAGACAGACACGUGGAGAUCCAUUAUCCAUCUUGGAGGACUCCCAUUCUCCAUGGCGACUUCCUACUCUCAACUUCCAACAGCAAUGGGCAGUGGAGAUCUGUACAGUAAAGUUAAAGCACCUCUGUGUGGCAGAUGAUUAGAUCAUGCAUCAAAUAUGAACUUUGAAUCCCUCUGUUGACACAUAGGUAAUGCUGUAUUUUUUUUUGUCUGUUGCUUGGCAUUUCCAUCUCAAACCCGUACCGUACCUCUCGGUUUCACCGUUUGAAAAUUUUCAUUUACCUAAUAUUCUUAAUAGUCUUGGUAUUGUAAGCUUGUUCAAGCCUUUGAGACGCUCUUCUACAAAGUUUAGCUUGUAAUUUUACAUGUUGAAAUGGUUUACAAAUUUGCCAGACCAAAA